GCCCCACAAAUUAAAGGAGGGCUGGACUUGUUGACAUUGAACCGCCUGAAUAGACGUAAACACAGCAUAUUUUACUGACAACGUCUUGUCCGAGUGGUUCAUUUGGAGUUCAAGAAAAUGUCUGGGAAUAUUAGGAGGUUUUACGACCUAACAGCUAAGUUGCUGUCUGGAGAAGCGUUUAGUUUCUCUGCACUGAAGGGGAAAGUUGUUCUCAUUGAAAAUGUGGCGUCUCUAUGAGGAACAACAACCAGGGACUACACUCAGAUGAACGAGCUUCACAGUCGGUACUCCGCCAAGGGGCUCGUUGUCCUGGGUGUGCCCUGUAAUCAGUUUGGACAUCAGGUAGGCCAUGUGUGAAUAUAGGCCUGUGUGUCUGACAGGCUUCUGUAGUUUCCUGCCUGAGGAUAUUAUUCAUUUAUUUGCAGUGUAUGAAAUGUUAAUGUCAUAAGUUAUACCUAAGUAAAUAUUUUAAAUCGUAGACUUUAUCAAAUUGUCUGUGCCUUCAGGCAUUGUUUUCUUCCAGAAUAGAGUUAAAAUCAUUGUACAAUGUAAGAAAUUAUGAAACACGUGAAAAAAGCAACAUUGCAGGUAACAGUGCAAGGCCUACCUGUAACAAUGGAGCUCUGAACCCUACCAAGUUAAACAAUAGCCACUUUUCAUUUGGGCAUUAUCCUCGCGGAUUAAUGAUUAAGCAUUUACUGGAGGUCAUUGAAAGUGGAGCUAAAUUUUAGUACUCAUUAUGCUGAUGGACAGUUGUAUAACAGAGCCCUGUAUUUCAGAAUAUGAUCAUAGGUUUUUCAACUAAAAUGUGAAUCUGCUAAACUGCAGCUGGCAUAUUAGAAAGACAGUGGAAACACACAAAUUCCAAUCUUGAUUAAGUCUUUUAUCUUUUAUCUUUUUUCUCUAUCUUUUAUCUGUCAUCUCUUAUCUCUUUUACCUCUAUCUUAUUUCAGCCUUACUGUCUUUUUAGCUUUUGUUAUACUUGUACUCUUAUCUUAAUUAACCUUUUAGGCCUUUUGUUGUUUUAUCUCUCACUCAUUUCUGUUGCUCUAUUUUAUCAUUACUAUUAUUAUCAGGAUUACCUGUUAUUAUUUUAUUAUCAUUGUUGAUAUUGCCUUUUAUAUUCACUAUCCUGUUUCCGCUUUCAUCCUCCCUUUUAAUUGCAUUUUCCUUUUUUCUUAACUAUUUUGUGUUUUUAUUUUGGUCCUCAUGGUCUCAUUUUAUGUUGCAUGGUUCUUGCAUCAUCUGGGUUCCUUAUGACCUGAAAAUGGCCUUCAAUUCCGUUUUAACUGAGCUUUUUGUUUUUAUCUGUCCUUUUACAUGUGCUCUAUGACUACAUGUCAAAGCACUUUGUAAACUUCUGUUCUUUUUAAAGUGCUAUACAAAUAAAGUUAUUAUUAUUAUAAGUAAGUAAUCAAAUGCAAACAAUGUACUCAUAAUACAGUGAAACAGUAGCAGACUACAAAAACAAGCCAAACCAGAACUUUAAGGGAUGUAGUUUUGUUGUUUUAGAUUAAAUGAAAACCUCAGUUGGCUUUGAAUCAGUUUUUUAUGUCAAUGAUUCAUCAUUUAAUUGCAUAUCCAUUGUGUAACAACUCUGUCUUUUUAUAAACAGGAAAACUGCAAGAAUGAUGAAAUUCUGAAGUCUCUGAAGUAUGUCCGUCCUGGAAAUGGCUUUGAACCAAAUUUCCAGCUCCUUGAGAAAGUCAAUGUGAACGGAAAGGAUGCCCACCCCUUGUUUGUCUAUCUGAAGGAUAAGCUUCCAUUCCCCUCCGAUGAAGCCAUGGCUCUGAUGACUGAUCCAAAAUUCAUCAUGUGGAGUCCUGUCUGUAGGAAUGAUGUCUCUUGGAACUUUGAGAAGUUCUUGGUCGGUCCUGAUGGAGACCCAUACAAACGCUACAGCAGAAACUUCCUAACUACUGACAUUGAGGCAGAUAUUAAAGAGCUACUCAAGAGGGUCAAAUAAGGCGUUACAAGUCACAGGUGGCUGUAGAGAAUGUCAGUUAUAACCAAAAAGAUAAUCAGUAGGCCCUCCAUAUCAGUUUUUUAUCAUUUGUUUCCACAUUGUAAGUUGUUUGCAACACCCUCAAGUUUGUUAUACCUCCUGUGCUACACUUUGGUUGUUCAGCUAAUUUACUCAAUGAAGGCACUCCUUGAAACCAUGUUUUGGGAGAGGGGUUUCUGAUGACAAUGUAAAUGCCAGACUCUACUACUGUGUAAAACUUGAGGCUUAUCACAAAACUUACAGAUGAAGAUAGGAAAUAAAUGCUGAAUGUCAUCUAA